GUCCAUGUUUAUUUUUGUUGAGUGUACGAAUAAUUUAUUUAAUCUAGAAAUUUAAUAGUAAUGUAAUAAAGCAUUAUAACUAUAUACAUUAUUUUUAAAGAUACUACUAAAAACUAAAACUACACGAAACUGCGUCAUUAAAACAAUACUAACAUCAAAAAUAUGGGUAAACGCAAAGGUAAAAGUGUGAGAAAGAAUCCGGUGACCAAAGAAGCUCUGGAGCCGGAACACCUCGUAAAAGCGCCGCAUUCAUUCGUGAUCCAUCGUGGAAACUGCAGCAAGGACCUGGAAGAUUUGACUAAAGACUUCAGGAAAAUCAUGGAACCGUUCACAGCGUCGCAACUGAAGGAAAGAAAAAAGAACACAAUCAAGGACUUCCUUUCAGUUUCUGGAUACCUGCAUGUGUCCCAUAUGAUAGUGUUCACGGAGACCGCACAAGGCUCAUACAUGAGGUUAGCAAGGCUGCCCAGGGGUCCAACACUCACCUUCAGAAUACACAAUUACAGCUUAGCUCGGGAUGUGAUUUCCUCAUUGAAGAAGCAGUAUGUCAUGAUGAAAGCCUUCCAGCAUGCUCCGCUGAUCGUCCUCAACAGCUUCUCCGGAGAAGGCAUGCACAUGAAACUCAUGGCCACCAUGUUUCAGAAUAUGUUUCCCACUAUCAACAUUACUACAGUAAAACUCAAACAUAUAAGACGUUGUGUACUGAUGAAUUACAACCCAGCUACGAAAAUGAUUGACAUGCGACAUUACGCCAUACGUGCCACACCUGUCGGUCUUAAUAAGGGCACCAAAAAGGUAGUACAAGGGAAAAUACCCAAUCUCAAUAGGUGCAAAGAUAUGUCUGAAUUUUUCGACAAAGCGGCCCUUUUAUCAGAGAGCGAGUUUGAAGACGACCCUAACUCGCAAGUGGUGCUGCCGCAGGCGCUGUCCUCGCGAGGCGCCGCCGCGGACUCUAAGUCAGCUAUCAGGCUGUUCGAAUUGGGGCCCAGGAUCACGUUCCAGUUGAUUAAGGUAGAAGACGGGUUGAUGGAUGGUGAGGUGUUGUUCCAUGAGCUUGUAGAAAAGACUGAGGAAGAAAAAGCAUACAUCAAAAAGAAGAGGGAAGAGAAAAGACGUCAAAAGGAGAGAAGAAAAGCGACACAAGAGGAGAAUGUGAAACGGAAACAGCAGCAGAAGGAGGAGCUUAAACAGAAGGCGCUGGAGGGUAUCAAGAAGAAGAAAGAGAUGUCAGAGAAUCAAAGGAUGAUGGAACUGGCAGCGGUGGAGUCCCAAAACGCAGACGUGGAGCAGGAUGAAGACGACGCGGAGUACUACAGGGCGGAGGUUGGCGCUGAACCCGACGCAGAUCUCUUCACACAAACAAGGAAACGGAAAGCCGAUGACGACAACAGAGGUUUCAAGAAGAUGCGGUUAGACAAGAAAACUAAAAAGAAAUUCCAGCGAAAUGAGAACACAAAUAGGAAACCACACAAUCAGGACAGAGACAGACAAGAUAGACCUAGGAAGUUUAACAAAAGGCCUAAUGAUAGAGACCAGAAGCCUAGGAAACAGACGAAAGUAUUUGGUGGGAAAUUAAAUAAAACUUUCAAAGGCAAGGGAGGGGUUGCCAAGGGGAAGGGAGGGGCGAAGGGCAAAGGCGGAGGAAAGGGGAAAGGAAUGAAAGGCAAAGGAAGUAAGAAGCGAUAGUAAAUGAGAUGUUGAUUAUUAUUUUUUUUAUUAACUCAACCCAAUAUAAAUAUAUGUGCAUUGUAUAAUACCUCCUUAUAUUCGUUCUGUACCAGUGGCGAUUUCGAAAAAUACCAGUAAUUGCGAUCUUUUAUUAUGGAAUUGAUU